CAUUUAAUGCUGCGAAACAGUAGAAGCUGGAUUUUAAUCGUAUAAUAGAUAAUUCAGAACUAAGUUUUUUCUAUAAAAGGGAGCAACCAGCUACCAACUUCAACACACAAACAUAAGAAAAAAAAUCCAGUUUACAGAGGUACCUUCUGGCGACAACACUAAAGGUCUAGCAAAAGAUGGGAAGGUUAGUUCGGCUCGUUUUAGGGCUUUGGAGCAAAUCGCCCUCCGGUGAGUGGACUUUCAAAGAGACACCAAAUUCGACUACUGAAGGGAUCAUUCUUCACAAUACCGAAACUGUCGAGGGACUUGUUGAGAUGAUCCGUAUAACUCUCAACCUUGGGAUCCUCACGCCCGUUGCUUUAACAUAUCAACUCCCGGAUUGGUUCCUGAAUUCCGAUGCGCGUACCACACCACCAUGCAAUUUACUUACCAACAAAGACGUGGAACUCCUGACUAGUGUGCUUGAUUACAUCCCAGAUCCACUGCUUUAUGUGACUAGUGGUCCUGAACUAGUCGCUAAAUACCAGUUUUUCUGUAGAACUCCUUUCUCAAUCGAUGACAAACAUUACCUCCAAGAGGGUAUCACAGAAGAACAACACCGCCAAGCAAUUAUAGACUUGGUUGGUGGUCAUCCAAUCGUAUGUAGCAAACAUAUGUUGGAGAUAAUGUUUAACGAACCCCAAUUACUUCUCGUCUUCCGUGUUUCCCUCAAGAUAGAAAAGGUAUAUGGUCUAGAGAACGAUGAUGAUGACAUAGAAGAUCUAGGUGGAAAUCACCUCAUGAACGGGGAUGAUGUUAUCUCACUUAGGGAAACUCUUCCGUUCUCUCCGGAUCCUCUAAAUACCAUUGCACCAACUGAUCAAGUUCUCUAUGGCGAACCCGUCAACAGCGAGGACGUUCACAACACAAUGGCAUAUCAUGAAGCAACUGCAAUGGUUCAAGAUCAUUCAACAUUGGUUGUCGAACCUAUGAACUUGUGGGACGAACCCUCUGAUGAGGAAGCUUAUUGGGAUGCCAUGGCAUAUGAACUUUUCGUUGCACCAUCUCAACAAGCUGUCGAUGGAAGCAUCGGACUCCCACUUACUCAAAACAGAAGGAUAUGUGCUCCACAACCUCCACCAAUCAUUGUUGUAGAUGAUGAUAGCGAAGGUUCCUACACUGGUUCUUUUAAUGAUCUGAACAACAUGGAAAACAAUUCAGCUUUACCUCCCCCUGAUGAUGUAGUUCUAAUUUCUAUGGGAGUUGAAAACAUUGGUCGCCAAGUUAGCUUAAUAGGGGAAUCAUCGGCAGAGAUGGCUAUAAUUAGCAAUGGCAACAAUGGACAAAACGACAACGGUUUCAAUCCGCCUUUCCAAGCAGGCGAAACAGAACCGUCUCUUGAUCUCACACUUGGGUUGGGUAUGGGAAACAGUUGUGAUGAGCAGACAAAUGACAAGAAAGGUGAAGACUCGUUCGAUGAAGCUGAAGAUGGCAGCGGUGGGUUUGGUCCCCUCUCUUAAAAUAUAUAGCUGAAGUCAUAAAUAAGUAGCCACCUUUUGAUGUAGAAUAUCUAGGCUUGGGGUUAAGCUUAUUUUGUUAUGUUUAAAAGCGGAAUGUUGCAGAAUCUAAUAUAAUAGCGGGGCCGUGUGAUGUAAAAUAGUGUAAGGCCAAA